GUCUGGGCGUAGCGUUCACUACAGGUCCAGCAAGAACUGUAACCGGUGUGUGUGAUCACGCUGUGGUUCCUUUUCAAAACAAGUUAGCCUGGCGAGACGAGGUGUUUCUUCUGUUUCUCCUAGGAGGUAAUGAAUGAUUUUUAGGUGACGUACUGAAAGAACAUGGAUGAGGACUGGAAACCUCUGUUUGCCUCUAUUCAAGCAGGAGAGUACUACUCAGACCCAGUAGACUCACUGGACCCCAGACAAAGAAGGCCUUUUCAUGUGGAGCCCAAGAACAUAGUGGAGGAUUCUGCCCAGGAACGAGUGUCAUCUGAGGCUUCAGCAUUGAACAGCAGGGUGCAUUACUAUGGCCGAUUGACCGCCUCUUCUGACAGACUGCUGGUUCCACCGGAUCAUGUGAUCCCCUCACCUGAAGAUAUCUACAUUUAUAGCCCUCUUGGGACAGCAUUCAAAGUUCACGGGAAAGAUGGCGCUGUCAAAAACCCUAGCAUUGUCACCAUUUUUGCUAUAUGGAAUACAAUGAUGGGGACGUCUAUAUUGAGCAUACCAUGGGGAAUAAAGCAGGCAGGUUUUACCUUGGGGAUCAUUAUUGUCAUCUUAAUGGGCUUACUGACCCUCUACUGCUGUUACAGAGUUCUCAAAUCUACUAAAUCAAUACCUUACAUAGAUACUUCAGACUGGGAGUUUCCUGAUGUAUGUAAAUAUUACUUCGGAGCAUUUGGACAGUGGUCCAGUCUGCUCUUCUCCCUGGUGUCGCUGAUCGGAGCAAUGGUGGUCUACUGGGUUCUAAUGUCCAACUUCCUGUUCAACACAGGAAAAUUCAUUUAUAACUACGUUCACAACGUCAAUAUGUCUGACUCAGAGUUUGGAACAAAUGGAACUGACAGAGUGGUGUGUCCAUACCCAGACCUGAAUCCACACAGAAACAGCAGCCUGGACCAGUAUUCCUCCAGCAGUGACAACAGUACAGCUGUGUUUGACCACUGGUGGAGUAAAACCAACACCAUCCCCUUCUACCUCAUCAUUCUGCUGCUGCCGCUGCUCAACUUCCGCUCAGCCUCCUUCUUCGCCAGGUUCACCUUCCUGGGCACCAUUUCAGUAAUCUACCUUAUCACGUUGGUUACCAUCAAAGCUGUUCGAUUAGGAUUCCAUCUGGAGUUCCACUGGUUUCAUUCCACUGAGUUUUUUGUACCAGAAUUCAGAUUACUGUUUCCUCAGCUGACUGGUGUUCUCACACUAGCCUUCUUCAUCCACAACUGUGUCAUCACCCUCAUGAAAAACAACAAAAAUCAGGAGAACAAUGUACGAGAUUUGUCCUUGGCCUAUCUGCUAGUAGGCCUGACUUACCUGUAUGUGGGGGUCUUGAUCUUUGCUGCCUUCCCAUCUCCACCCCUGUCUAAGGAGUGCCUUGAACCAAAUUUCCUGGAUAACUUCCCCAGCAGUGAUAUUUGGGUGUUUGUGGCUCGGACCUUCCUGCUGUUCCAGAUGACCACCGUUUACCCGCUGCUGGGUUACCUGGUCCGAGUGCAGCUGAUGAGCCAGCUUUUUGGGGAUCACUACCCCAGUUUUCUGCAUGUCUUCAUGUUGAAUGUCGUCAUUGUAGCUUCUGGAGUACUUAUGGCCAAAUUUUACCCCAAUAUUGGUUCCAUUAUCCGGUACUCGGGGGCCACAUGUGGGCUGGCUCUGGUCUUCGUCUUCCCCUCACUCAUUCACAUGGUGGCUCUGAAGCGCCGUGGCGAGUUGCGCUGGCCUUCUGCUUGCUUCCACAGCUUUCUAAUUUUAUUAGGCGUAGCGAAUGUUCUGGGACAGUUUUUCAUGUAGCAUUUUUUUGUUUUUGUUAUUUUUGUUUGUUUGUUUUUUCAUCAUCUUCUUAUGCAAGUUUUCUUCUGUAGCACACUCAUUACUCACAUGCACUCACUGUUCCUCUCUCACUAACACACUUAUUCAUUCAAUGUUGGGAGAAUGGUUCUUCUUAGUUCUAAUACUGUACGGGGAAUGAUGCACGAUAUGGUCAGGAGUACUGGGACACCUGCCCUUUCAUUGUUAUAUAUAAAAUGAAGAGUGGAAUGGAGAGUAUAAGUAUUGCUUUUGUUGGAGUAACUGUCUAGAGAAGGUGGCUGUGUACUAGAUUUUGGAAUAUUGCUGUGAGGAAUUGAUUGCAUUAUGGAUGAACUACACACCACCCCAUGCCCAGCUUCCCAACUCAUCUACAAAAUACUAGAUGAAGCACCCAUCAUCAUUCUAGAGAAAUCAGAUAAACUGCUCCUAGCUCAGUGCUGGUGGGAGGGUAUUCAACCUUUAGCCCAUGCAUGGCAUUAGGCAUGGUGCCAAAGAGUCCCAAUCAAUUGGCAAUACUUCUCUAUAGGAACUAGAAAAGCUUUGUGUUUGGGCAUUUGCACAAGUGUGGCUGCAAUGGGUAUAACAUAAAAUAGCUGUGCAUAAAAUGUGCUCAUUAAGAGGAGUGUCCGCAAACCUUUAGGCAUUAGUAUAGUUCUGAUAAUAUACUGCAGGUAAAAGUAGUAAAUGGUGUAUUAAAUUAAGUUCUAGGUUUGUACCAUAGGUGGCACUAUAACAUAACAAUGCUAAAAAAGCUUUUAAUUUAUUUAGACAGCAGUCAUAUUCGUAUUGUUCUACCAGCUACUGAUGCAUCUGUAACUCUUUACAAUCAGGGUAAAAAAUACCAGUACUUAUGACUGCAAAAAACAUUAAGUGGUAAUGUCUCAAUUAAUAAUUAAUUGACACCAGUUCAGAUAUGAUUUAACAUUUCUAAAUUGUAAUGCUUAAGAAUAUUGUAAAUAAAGAUGAAUUGAGAUAUCAGUUUUAACAUUUUGUAGGAAUUAAUAUCUUAACUAGUGUCAUAAUAAUAAUUAGUUGAGGCCUUCUAACAUAAGUAUGGUUACACAAUGUAUGGUUAAACAAAAGUGCUACUGAUGCAUCUGAGGCCAAAUAUCUUAAAGCAGGAUUCCUCUACUGUAAUUGUAUAUUUUGGUCUGUGGUAGACAGAUUUACCUCAAACCAAAAGGAUAGGUACAGUGCCCUCCAUAAUUAUUGGCACCCCUGGUUAAGAUGUGUUCUUUAGCUUCUCAUAAAUUGAGUUUUGUUCAAAAUAAUAUAGGACCACGAUGGGAAAAAAAGUAAAGUCCAACCUUUAACUCAAGUGAAUUUUAAGGGGGAAAUAAAAUCCCUGACUAAGAAAUAAUUAUUCUUCAUAAAAUCACCUGUUCCACAAUUAUUGGCACCCCUAACAAUUCUUAGGAAAUAAAUUUAAUAAAAGUAUUUCUGUCACUUCUACAGUAGUUUACGAAGUUGAUCAGAGCAUGUAGGAACAUUUAAUUAGUAAUUCACAACUUCCUGUUUCCCUGGGGUAUAAAUAUGACGUGACACAGAGGCCAUUUAUCUUCAACAUGGGAAAGACAAAGGAACAUACCAUUCAAGUGAGGCAGAUGUGUUGUUGACCUUCACAAGUCAGGCAAUGGCUACAAGAAAAUCGCUACUCGCCUACACCUGUCCAUAUCUACUGUCAGAGGAAUUAUUAAGAAGUUUAAAACAACUGGAACAGUGGUAAACAAGCCUGGACGAGGACGCAAGUUUAUUUUGCCACCACGCACAGUGAGGAGGAUGAUAAGAGAAAUAAAAAGUUCUCCAAAGCUCACUGUUACAGAAUUGCAACAAAUGGUAGCUUCUUGGGGUCACAAAGUCUCCAAAACAACCAUCAGGCGCUAUCUACAUGCCAACAAGCUGUUUGGGAGGCAUGCACGGAAGAAACCAUUUCUCACUCACAAUCAUAAACGCAAACGUUUGGAGUUUGCUAAGCGGUACUGGGACUUCAACUGGGACCGUGUGCUUUGGUCAGAUGAAACAAAGAUAGAGCUUUUUGGCAACAAAUGCUCUAAGUGGGUCUGGCGUAACACAAGAGCUGAGUAUGCAGAAAAGCACCUCAUGCCCACUGUGAAAUACAGCGGGGGAUCAGUGAUGCUGUGGGCCUGUUUCUCUUCUAAAGGCCCUGGGAACCUUGUUAGGGUGCAUGGCAUCAUGAAUGCUCUAAAAUACCAGGACAUUUUAAAACAAAAUCUGGUGGCUUCUGCCCGAAAGCUGAAGAUGGGUCGUCACUGGGUCUUUCAGCAAGAUAAUGACCCUAAACAUGUGGCCAAAUCUACACAGAAAUGGUUCACCGCACACAGAAUCAAGCUCCUCCCAUGGCCAUCUCAGUCCCCAGACCUCAACCCCAUUGAAAACCUGUGGGGUGAGCUGAAGAGGAGAGUGCAGAGGAGAGGACCCAGGUCGUUGGAUGAUUUAGAGAGAAUGUGCAAAGAGGAAUGGUUAAAGAUCCCUCUUUCUGUAUUCUCCCAUCUUGUGAAACAUUACAGGAGAAGAUUAGGUGCUGUUUUGUUGGCAAAAGGGGGUUGUACAAAGUAUUAACAUCAGGGGUGCUAAUAAUUGUGGCACACAUGAUUUGAUGUUAAAUAAUUAUUUCUUAAUGUGGGAUUUUUUUUCCUACUGAAUAAAUUCACUUGAGUUAAAGGUUGUAUUUUACUCUUUUUUUCCAUCGUGGUCCUAUAUUAUUUUGAACAAAACUCAAUUUAUGAGAAGCUAAAGAACACAUCUUAACCAGGGGUGCCAAUAAUUAUGGAGGGCACUGUAUGUGGUUUUAGCAGGUGUCCAUUUCUGUCAUAAUCAAGUGAUCACCAUGAAUUUAUUUUGAAAGUUAAAUUUUUUGUAGCUUGUAUUUUUUUCCUUUUCAAAUUUCGUAUUGUUUUUACAGACCAUUUUUACUGAAAGAUGUUACUGAUCUCUAUGUAUCACAUGCAGAGGGGGAACAUAAAAAAGGUUUAGAUUUGAUUUGCUCACUUGGCAUUUUUUUGAAAGGCAAAAUAAUGUAAUAUGCUCAAAAUUAUGUAACUCCAACCUCUGUGGAGUUGUGGGUGCUAAUUUGUAAUUUGAACAAGUAUUUCUAAUAAAACAGAUGUUUUAUUAAUGUAUAAUUUAUGUUAUUGGAUGAAUAAAGGGAUAGUGCAGUGUCUCAUGGAACCUGGUAAGACAAGCAGACUGUAAGAACUGUGAUUUAUUUUUUUUUCUCUGUUUUUCUAGUGUGUAUGCUGACCUCGGACAGUACUUCUGAAAAGCUAAUGCUUAUCUUUUGGACUUUGAUUCCUUUGAUUCUUAUUUUUUAAAGCAUCAGAAAGUUAUCAGUAUAUUUCUGUAUGCAGGGCUUAAUUUUGCACAUGUAAAUUCCAAAGCUUUAAUUGUUUUAAAAGUUGUAUAUAGAUAUUUCUCUAGCGGUGUAUUAUGAUUUUGUAUGUACUUUAAAUAAAUAUUCAAAUUUA